UCUCUCUAUACCUACUAUAUAUAUACAUAUAUAUCGCACCCGUCUACUCACACGAUAUAUAACAUCAUUAUUUUAUAAUAUUCUAAAUACGCUAUAACAAUGUCACCUUUCUCUGGACGAACAACAAAAGAGAGCACAAAUUCAAAAGGAUCAAAUAGUAAACAGUUCAAACUUGUAGUAGAAGAAUCUACUUUGGAACCGAAAUUCCCCAUUGGACAAUACGAUUACAUUGAUGGACGAAACUUUUAUCGUACAGAGAUCAAAAACAACUAUCUUUUACCAUGCGAUGAUGAAGAAGUCGAACGCCUUGAAGUCAAUCAUCUCUUAGCCAAGCUUCUUUUUGGAAAGCUAUAUUUCUCACCAAUCGAAGAACAAUUGAAACAAGGCAUUAGGGUGCUAGAAGUCGGUACAGGUCCAGGAUGGUGGUUACAGGACAUGGCCAAAGAUUUCCCAGCAUCACAUUUCACAGGCACAGACAUCAUGUUUUUUCCAAAUAACCCGCCUACCAAUUGUCACUACCGUAUUGCAGAUGUAUCAAAAGGACUACCUUUUGCCGACAAUACUUUUGAUUUUGUUGUCCAACGAGACGCAAUGUACCGCUUUUCCAGAACACACUGGGAUUUUGUACUCAAUGAGCUUAUCCGAGUAGCAAAACCUGGUGCCUACUUAGAGCUAGUCGAGUCCUCUGGGACAAUAAAUGACAUCGGACCAAAUUCGUCAGUUUGGCUUAUGCGAUUAACUGUCUCAUUACAAACACGGAAUAUCCACCCAAAGAUAGCCCCUCAAAUUUCACAAAUGGUCAUUGAUACUGGGCGCGUAACAGAUGUAGUAGGGUCUCACAGGUCAAUUCCGAUUGGCUGGCUUGGCAAACUGGGUGAUGUGGCACUAGAAUCAAUGGAGCGUCUCUUUGAUUCGAUGAAACCACGGUUGUGUGAAGAUUGGUCGAUGAGUUCAGCAAAGUAUGACAAGGUGACUCAAUCCGCAUCAAAGGAAUUCCGCGACUUCAAGAGCUGGUCAAACUUCCAUUAUGUUUCCUUCCGAAAAAUGACAGACCAAGAAAGAUCAGAGACAGCAACCCCAAGUAGCACCACAACAUUGACACCAGAUGAUACAGACGUUGAGUCUAAAGACCUGCGCUUGAAGGCCGAUUCACUCAAGUUUACACCCAAGCUUCUCAACAACCCUCAUUCCUGCCCACUUGACAUGGCAUCAAAUUUACCAUGA